GUGUGUGUGACAUAGAAAUUUAGGAAAUGAGGUUAACAUACAAUCAUGGCAAAUGACAUUUUUCAGAAAAGGAAACCGCCAAAUGGACGAAGUUUCCAUUGCUUCCUUACAACGUUUUGUUCUUGUUUACUUGCUCUCUCAAAAUACCAGAGUUUCUUAUAUCUGGGGCUUAACUUGUUCAUCAUUUCUGAAUUGCAUUUGUUAGCAGGAAACCCUAGAAUUUCAAAGUCUCUUCUUUCUUGCAAUGGGUAUCUGGGAUUCUCUCCUCAACUGGCUUCGAAGCUUGUUUUUUAAACAGGAAAUGGAGCUCUCCCUUGUUGGCCUUCAAAAUGCAGGAAAGACAUCCCUUGUUAAUGCAAUCGCUACAGGAGGAUACAGUGAAGAUAUGAUUCCAACUGUGGGGUUUAAUAUGCGCAAAGUUACAAAGGGCAAUGUGACAAUAAAGCUUUGGGACCUAGGAGGCCAAAAGAGGUUUCGCUCAAUGUGGGAGCGUUAUUGUCGCGGUGUCUCUGCAAUUGUGUACGUAGUAGAUGCUGCUGACCGAGACAGUGUUCCAAUAUCCCGAAGUGAGCUACAUGAACUUCUGGAAAAACCAUCCUUAAUUGGGAUUCCUUUGCUUGUUCUUGGUAACAAAAUUGACAAGUCAGAAGCUCUUGCACAGCAAGCAUUAAUGGAUCAGCUAGGCCUACAGUCAAUUACUGAUAGGGUGGUUUGCUGUUACAUGAUCUCAUGCAAGGAGUCUAUAAACAUAGACAUGGUCAUUGAUUGGCUUAUCAAGCAUUCAAAAGUUGCCAAAUAAUCCAGCGCAAAAAAGGCUCAUAUCGUGAUUCUCUUUGAUCUGAUCGAUGAAUGUGGUUGAAACACCUUAGUUGGAAUGGUGUGUGAAAGUGAGUCUCUCAAAAUGCGGCAACUAUGAUCCACUUUCCUGCUUGUAGAAUCAUUGCCAGCGUAUUAGGUAGCGAAUGCAUGCCAAGGUAGUAUUUGUUUCUGUUAGGUUGUUAUUUAUAAUGUAUUUAAUUGGAUUGAUCAUGUCUGUCAAUGAUGCAAUCUUGUACAAUCCUCGGUGAAGCCUAUUUCUUGUAUCUUGUAAAGUUCCUAAUAAAGGUGUAAGUUUGAAUUUGCGGUUUCGAUUUA